AUGGGUGGAAUGUGUAUGUCUGCUUGUGGUGGUGGUGGUGACGAAGGUUCGAGUUUAAUAACACAUCUCAUCAUAAUUCUCGUCGUAUGUCUCUCUGUCAUGGCCGUCUGCACCUCCAACGAACGUCGUACAUCCGUUCGUGUUGUCCGUUGCCGUUGA